UUUACCGCCAUUUUCAAUAUUAUGCUUUAAAAUUUGAUCCAACUUUUUUCACCAUUUUGUAGGAUUCAUUCACGAAAAAUUGUUCAAUAUGCCUCGAGAAAUCAUAACACUACAGGUUGGGCAAUGUGGCAAUCAAAUUGGGAUGGAAUUUUGGAAGCAGCUUUGCGCAGAACAUGGGAUUCGACCAGACGGCAUCCUUGAAGAUUUUGCUACUGAUGGGACAGACAGGAAGGAUGUGUUCUUUUACCAGGCUGAUGAUGAGCAUUACAUCCCAAGGGCUGUGCUCCUUGACUUAGAACCAAGGGUUAUAGAUGCUAUCAUGUCGUCACSUUUCUCUAAUCUGUAUAAUCCUGAAAACAUUUACACAUCUCAACAUGGUGGUGGUGCUGGAAACAACUGGGCAAGUGGUUACUCACAGGCAGAGAAACUUCAUGAAGAAGUCUUUGACAUAAUGGACAGAGAAGCUGAUGGGAGUGAUAGCCUUGAGGGCUUUGUGAUGUGUCAUUCUAUUGCUGGUGGAACAGGAUCUGGUAUGGGAUCAUACCUACUUGAAAAGCUAAAUGACAGAUACCCUAAGAAGCUGAUUCAAACAUACUCUGUUUUUCCACAACAGGAAGAUAUCAGUGAUGUCGUCGUUCAACCAUAUAAUUCCAUCUUGACACUCAAGAGACUGACACAGAAUGCUGAUUGUGUGGUUGUUUUGGAUAAUACAGCUUUAAAUAGAAUAGCAGCUGAUAGACUUCACAUUCCCAAUCCCACCUUCUCUCAAGUCAAUCAGCUUGUGUCUACAAUAAUGGCCACCAGCACAACAACCCUAAGAUAUCCAGGUUACAUGAACAAUGAUUUGAUUGGUUUGAUUGCUUCACUGAUUCCAACACCCAGACUCCACUUUUUGAUGACGGGGUAUACACCUCUAACCACUGACCAGAAGGUUGCCAGCAUCAGAAAAACAACAGUUCUUGACGUGAUGCGCAGAUUACUCCAGCCCAAAAAUGUAAUGGUAUCCACCCUGAGGAACAGAAAACAUAAUCACUGCUAUAUCUCUAUCCUAAAUAUCAUUCAAGGAGAAGUAGAUCCUACACAGGUGCACAAAAGUCUGCAGCGAAUCAGAGAAAGAAAGCUUGCAGAGUUCAUACCUUGGGGACCUGCUAGCAUCCAGGUUGCAUUGUCCAGAAAGUCACCUUAUGUACAGACGGCACAUCGUGUCAGUGGUUUGAUGUUGGCCAAUCACACCAGCAUAUCAACUGUUUUUGAGAAAAACUGCAAACUCUAUGACAAGCUAAGGAAGAGGGAAGCUUUCUUGGAGAACUACAAAAAGGAACCCAUUUUUGCAGAGAAUCUUGAUGAACUUGAUGACUCGAGGGAAGUAGUACAACAGUUAAUUGAUGAGUACCAAGCAGCGUCAAGAGAAGAUUACAUCACUUGGGGGGCACAAAAACAACAAAAACAACAGGCUUCUGGAUCUGAAAUUUCUCCUGUCUAAAUUCCUUCUAUUCUUUGGUGUACAUUUAGUGAUGCUGUUGAAGUUUACCAGAACACACAGGAAGACCAAGCAGGUUUCCCAUGUCUGAAAUGCAUUGGAUGUUUUAUGAGGUUUUAUAAAGAUUUAGUGACACUGGUGGGUGGUGUCGACUCUUUCCAGAACACAGGAAGCCCAAGGGCCCUGUGUGUUACAGUUUGUAAAUAUUAAUAACUCCAAAAAUGCAGUUUAUAGCUUUGUUAAUUUAGAUUAUGUUAAUUUGGAUUAUGCUUGAGGAGUAAUUCAAAUCAUAGGGUAUCCCCAGCAAGCAGUAGUUUGCAGAGUGCUAGUAGAGUACAUAGUAUUAUUAAGGAUGGAUUCCAUAUGACCACAUAAAAAGAUUUUGAUCCAGUCAUGGCUAAAUCUUUGCUUGUCUAAUCAGAAUGCUUGGACCCAGCAUGCUUGUCCAAUCAGAAUGCUAGGACCCAGCAUGGUUGUCUAAUCAGAAUGCUAGGACCAAGCAUGGU